GUUUGCAGUAACAAAAUAAAACACACAUCAAAAGCGUUGAGAGAAAAAAAAAGAAGAGAGGAGAAAAGAGCGAUAAAUCCGAAAAGCCUAAGAAACAUCAAAAGAGAAUUAAAAACAAAUUUCUUUUUUUGUUUCAAAAGGAAAAUCUUUGAAUUUUAUGGCAACCCGUCUCCUCCGAACUAACUUUAUCCGGCGUCCUUACCGUUUCUCCGCUUUAAAACCUGUGGGCCCUCCCACCGUAACGGCUUCAACAGCCGUCGUCCCUGAGAUCCUCUCCUUCGGACAACAAGCGCCAGAGCCACCUCUCCACCACCCAAAACCUAACGAAGCUCACCAUGACAUCGAUCUUUCCGACCAAGCUCGUCUUUUCUCCUCUAUCCCCACAUCCGAUCUCCUCCGCUCCACCGCCGUGCUGCAUGCGGCGGCGAUAGGUCCUAUGGUGGAUGUUGGAACGUGGGUCAUGAGCUCUAAACUCAUGGACACCGCCUUGACACGUGGUAUGGUCCAUGGUCUUGUGAAGAGUACGUUUUAUGACCACUUUUGCGCCGGUGAAUCCGCCGAGGCGGCCGCGGACCGCGUGAGGAGUGUCUACGAGGCUACUGGUCUUAAAGGUAUGCUUGUGUACGGCGUGGAACAUGCCGAUGACUCUGCCUCUUGUGAUGAUAACAUGCAACAGUUCCUUCAAACCAUCGAAGCUGCAAAAUCCUUACCAACAUCACAUUUUAGUUCCGUGGUCGUGAAGAUAACCGCGAUUUGUCCCAUCAGUCUUCUAAAACGAGUGAGCGAUUUGCUUAGAUGGGAACACAAAACUCAAAACUUCAAACUUUCAUGGAAGCUCAAAUCUUUCCCGGUUUUCUCCGAUUCAAGCCCUCUAUACCACACAAACUCCGAACCGGAACCGUUAACCGCCGAAGAAGAACGUGAGCUCGAAGCAGCACACGUAAGGAUCCAAGAAAUCUGUCGGAAAUGCCAAGAGUCCAAUGUACCUUUACUGAUCGAUGCAGAAGACACAAUCCUCCAACCAGCGAUCGAUUACAUGGCUUAUUCGUCAGCAAUCAUGUUCAACACUGACAAAGAUAGACCCAUUGUUUACAACACCAUUCAGGCCUACUUGAGAGACGCUGGUGAGAGGUUGCACAUAGCCGUACAAGAAGCCGAGAAAGAAGGUGUUCCUAUGGGGUUUAAGUUGGUGAGAGGAGCUUAUAUGUCUAGUGAAGCUAGAUUAGCAGAUUCCUUGGGACACAAGUCACCAAUUCACGACACACUUCAGAACACGCACGCUUGCUACAAUGAUUGCAUGACCUUCUUGAUGGAGAAAGCAUCCAACGGAUCUGGUUUUGGUGUUGUUCUUGCAACACACAACGCUGAUUCGGGGGGACUUGCAUCAAAGAAGGCUAGUGAGCUCAACAUUGAUAAAAAGAAUGGGAAUAUAGAGUUUGCGCAGCUAUACGGUAUGUCAGAUGCAUUGUCCUUCGGUUUAAAGAGAGCCGGUUUCAAUGUUAGCAAGUACAUGCCAUAUGGACCGGUUGAAACCGCUAUACCGUAUCUUCUCCGACGUGCUUAUGAGAACCGGGGAAUGAUGGCCACGGGUGCCAAUGAUCGUCAACUCAUGAGGAUGGAACUUAAGAGGAGACUAAUCGCUGGAAUUGCGUGAAGAGAGGAGUCUAUGUCCUUGUGUCAUUAAAUGGAAUUGGGAAAUGUAGAUCAAUAAAUUUGUUCUAUAAAUAUGUAGAUUAUAAGAGAGAAAAAUAUAAAAAACGGAGUAGGGAAGAACAUUUCAUGUGGCUUUGUCGUAAUAUAUUUAUUUAUUUUUGGGUCACAAAACUUUGUAUUUAAUUAUCACCAAUGUAUAUUCACCCUUUCUUAUCAAUAAUAAUGGAAUCACCUUUUUU